AUUUUCUGAAUGAAAAAUAAUUUUUAAAGAAAUGAAAACUAAAUUUGUAUUUUCCUCGGGAAUGUCUGGUAUUCAAAACAUGAAUCCAAAGAGUGUCUUUAAAAAAAUAGCAUCGGAUAAGUUAGAAGCAGGGUUUAGAAAAUCCAUACUAAAGCGAAAUAAGUACCAAAGGUAGCCACUCUGAAACGAAUAUAUCCAAAAGACAGAAUGGUCAUGACUGAAAUACUUUUGAUAUAAAGACUGACCAGAGGUUACUACUAGCAACUAGAGUAUAGAUGAUCCAACAGAAUUCCGUCGAUGUUUUUCUUUCUUCUCGAAAAUAAUGAAUAGAUGAAGAACUGAUGAAUGAUCAUGUUUCACGCGGCGUUACUCGACAUGCUAGAAAUAGCAGUAAAAUUCCCUUCAAAUUUACACAGUUGUUUUAAAUAAAGAAGUAACACACUAGAUAACGCAGUUCUAUAGACACUUAAAGAGACAAGACGUUCAUGGUUGGAAUGCAUUUAACCAUUGUAUGCUUGGUCAGGCUUGAUUUGGUGCUCAAGACCCAACAAAAGAAGAUUUUAUGUGGUUGUCGACCAGCUAAAAAAAUUCUCGUCAGGUUAACAACCUAGAACGCCUAUGAUCCUAAGUUUAUUCUUUCGUGGAUGAUGUGGUUCUAAACAACACUGCCACAAAUACACACACAAAAUAUUUUAAAACAAAAGGCGGGGUGGAGGAGAGACAAAUUACUACGUUCGUGGAUAAAUUUUCAUUAGUAACUAUAUUUCGUUAGUCACCGUUAGCUUGUUAAGUUUUGUCGACUACUGUCAACAUCUCCACGUCAUGGGGCUGCUCAGUUUGAUGAGAUUUCACUCAGUUAGUCACCGUACGAAAUACUGAUACUAUUCAUCAGUCCUUCACUCAUUCAUUGUUUUAGAGAAGAUACGGAAACAUUGACGGAACCGUAAAAAUUAUAAUUUUUGCCUCUAAUAUCGGUUAUACUUCUCUAUCAUUGCUUUAAAAUUCGAUCAAGUUCAUCGAACCGUUUCAGAAAUUGCUCUGAUACAGGUGAUAGAAAGACAACGACAAGGACUAAACUAAGCGGAAGUGAGCAAUUAAUUACAGGUAUUAAAAGCAAAAGAACCCCCCGCGGUUUUUGUUCUUUAGGAAAUCGUAUAUAGACGAAUUAAUUGGUAAAAGGGAGAAAAAAACAUGAUGGAAAACAUAGGAUCUCCUAUUCUUACUCAAACAACCACAGCAAAGCCUCAAAACAACGAUGGAAUUUCUUGGUGGUUUAAAUUUAUGGCCAAAGGUGUUGGAGUUUUUGGAGGUCUAGUUGCCAUGGCAUCUGGAGUAGUAACGUGUGUCACCUUGACAGCAGCAUGUUUAGCUGCUGGUAUAGCACAACUAUGUGUUGGAUUUGUAACAGUUGUCUUUGAAGGACCCUGUUGCUGCCCUUUUCUGGAUUUUAUUACCCAAAUUGGCAAAUUUUCUGAUAACAGACCACACUGGCAAAAAGCAAUGUUCUACACACUGAGUUCCUUGAUCCCUAUUGUGAUGUGUUUCUCCCUAAGUACAGUAUUUGGCUGUUGUCUGGUGUUCGCUACUGGUGUAUUGUAUGGCAUCAUGGCAUUGGGUAAAAAGUAA